GGCCCUAUCCAAACUGCCCAAUAAUAUCCUGGGUCCCGUCACCCCGGCCACUGUCGUUGAUAAAACUUGUCAUUCACCGACCGCCAUGUUGGAACAACACAUGAUGUGGGACGACAUCGCUAUACUGGCGAGAUAUUUGCUGAUGUUAUCCUUCAACAACUGCCUGGACGUGGCCCGCCACCUGCCCUACCUGUUCCACACGGUGACCUUCCUGGUGUGCUCAGGAACUGUCUCCAUGCGCGCCGCCACUCACGGGCUGGUCAUCAACAUCAUACACUCGCUUUGUACCUGCACUACGCCUAGCUUUUCAGAGGAUACCCAACGCGUCCUAAGGCUGUCCUUGGACGAAUUCGCUCUGCCCAAGUUCUACCAGAUGUUUGGAAUAUCGAAGGUCAAGUCAGCAGCCGUCACUGCCUUCCGGAGUCCUUACAACAGGCAUACUAAUGAUUGGAUUAGCAAACUGAAGUGGCAGUGGGCAGGUCACAUUUGUCGAAGAACCGAUGACCGUUGGGGUAGACGUGUUCUAGAGUGGAGACCACGUCUAGGCAAACGUAGUGUAGGGCGCCCUCCAGCUAGGUGGACUGACGACAUCCGCAGGGUGGCUGGUAGUGAGUGGUUGGAUGAGAAGAGCGGAACAUCGAGCUCAGUGGCGUGA